AGAGAGAGAAAGUGAGAGAAAGUGAGUGAGAGAGAGAGAGAGAGAGAAGCAGCUGGUGGUCAGAGGUUUAACUCUCUCUCUCCGUCUCACACACUCAGUCUUUCUCCUGCUCUCGUCUGCUCACACGGGCCGGUUCGACAGGGAUCAGAGAUGAUCUUCCAGCUGCUGCUCCUGAGUGUUGUCGCUCCCGUCUUGCUCGCCGCUCCGGGAGUCCAGGUGCGUCUGGUGGGCGGCAGGAGCAAGUUCGAGGGUCGCGUGGAGGUGUUUUAUAAUGGCGAGUGGGGCACCGUGUGUGACGACGAGGUCAACAUCAAUCUGGCCAAUGUCGUGUGUCGCGAACUGGGCUUUUCUCGUGGACUCACCUGGGCUCACAGCGCAAAGUUCGGCCAGGGUCGCGGUCCGAUCUGGCUGGAUAACGUUGCAUGUUCGGGCACCGAGAGCUCACUAUUGGACUGUCGAUCCAACGGUUGGGGUGUGAGCGACUGCACUCAUGCUGAAGAUCUGGGUGUCAUUUGCAGUCCAGACCAACCCAACCAGGGUCACGUCCCACGUUACCAAGAAUCAAACCAACCUUCUCCACCUCAGACCUCCAACCUGCUCUCAAACCCUCCUCCAGCCGCCUAUCCUCCCGCCAGCUUGCUCCGCCAGCGCGGACACGAGAUCGCCCUCCACCGCAGCAGCCAGGGCCCGUCCUCGCCGCAGAUCCACGGCCACCGCAUACAGCUGCGCAGGAACGGAUACGAAAGCACCGCCACCACCAGCGGCCUGCCGAGGGGUCACCAGCUGCCUAACUUCCUGCGCAGCAGGGCCUCGUACAGAAGGACACAGGAAGUGACGCCCAGUCAGACCACCAGAAGCCCUGAGAGACCACCAGCACCUGAGCCGGUCUACAGUCCUGAGCCGGAGCACAACAACAGGAUGGAUCUGGACUUCACCAACACGGACGAACAGUCCGCUGCAUCGGUCCGGCUGGAGGAAGUGCGUCUCCGACCCGUUCUGGCCGCCACACGAAACUCUGCCAUGGUAACAGAGGGCGUGGUGGAGGUGAGGCAUGCUGGGAAAUGGAGGCAGGUGUGUAAUUUGGGCUGGGACCAGAGCAACAGUCGGGUGGUGUGUGGCAUGCUGGGAUUCCCUUCAGCAGGACAGCAUGACACACGCGUGUAUCGGAAACUGUGGGACUCCAAGAUGGAGGAUCCAGCCACAAGGUCUGCGGUCAGUAAGAAGGGAUUCUGGGUCGAGAGGGUUCAGUGUUCGGGCACGGAGGUUUCACUGGCGCAGUGUCGGGCGCAGCUGUCCGUCCCGCGGUACGACGCUCCCUGCAGCGGAGGGAUGCACGCGGUGGUGCGCUGCGUUCCUGGCGCUCAGUUCUCCAGAAUCUCCACCUCCGGACACCCGCAGGCUCCGCCCCCUCUGAACACGGCGGUGCGGCUGAAGGCGGGCCCGCGGCUGGGCGAGGGUCGGGUGGAGGUGCUCCGCGAGGGAAAGUGGGGAACCGUGUGUGACCAUCUGUGGGAUCUGUCAGCGGCCAGCGUGGUGUGCAGAGAGCUGGGCUUCGGCUCGGCCCGAGAGGCCCUGCGAGGAGCGCUCAUGGGUCAAGGUACGGGUCCGAUUCACAUGAACGCAGUGCAGUGUUCAGGCUACGAGAGCUCCAUCACACAGUGCCGCUUCCAGGAGGUUCCGCUGCGCUCCUGCAAACACAGUCAAGACGCGUCUGUGCGCUGCAACGUCCCCGACACCGGCCUGAGCGCCACGGUGCGUCUGGCGGGCGGGCGCGAGGCGGCGGAGGGCCGUGUGGAGGUGCUGAUGGAUCUGGACGGGCAGCAGCGCUGGGGCUCCAUCUGCAGUGAGAACUGGGGCAUCAAUGAGGCCAUGGUGGUGUGCCGGCAGCUCGGGUUCGGAUUCGCCUCCAGAGCCCAUCAGGAGACGUGGUUCUGGCCGGCCAGCUCCGGGUCGGAGGACGUGGUUCUGAGUGGAACUCACUGCAUCGGGACUGAGAUCUCCAUUCAGCAGUGCCGCAGGAACGGACAUGUGUACUGCCCUCGCGGAGGCGGAGCCAAAGCGGCCGGGGUCACCUGUGCGGACGUGGCUCCGGAUCUGGUGAUCGACGCGCAGCUGGUGCAGGAGUCUGCGUACCUGGAGGACCGGCCGCUGCACCUGCUCACCUGCGCACACGAGGAGAACUGCCUGUCGUCCUCCGCCGCCCGCAUGAACUGGCCGUACGGACACCGACGCCUGCUGCGCUUCUCCUCGCGCAUCAUGAACCUGGGGCGCGCCGACUUCAGACCCAGAGCCUCCAAAGAGUCCUGGACCUGGCACCAGUGCCACAGACAUUACCACAGUAUCGAGGUCUUCACACACUAUGACCUCUUGACCCUGAACGGCACGAAGGUCGCGGAGGGUCACAAAGCCAGUUUCUGUCUGGAGGACACGUACUGCCCUGAAGGCCUGACCAAACGCUACGCCUGCUACAACAUGGGCGAUCAGGGCAUCACUGUGGGCUGCUGGGAUACGUACCGCCACGACAUCGACUGCCAGUGGGUGGACGUCACCGACGUGACGCCGGGGGACUAUAUCUUCCAGGUGGAGGUCAAUCCGUCUCUGGAUAUGGCCGAGUCCGACUUCCAGAACAACGUGAUGCGCUGCCGCUGCCGCUACGACGGUGGACGCGUGUAUCUGUACGGCUGCCACACGGGUGAUGCGUACAGCGCCGAGGUAGAGGACCUGUUUGAACACCAGCGUCAGAUUUCAAACAACUUCCUGUGAUGAAGCCCGUGGAACGACAGGCUGAAAUCCUCUCCUCUCGCCGGCGGAGGGCGGAGUCUGUGUGAUUGAUGGGGAGUGGGUGGGGCUAGUGUGAUGAUUGACGGGCAGGGGGCGUUUACAGUUCACUCAGUCACGUGUUCAUUUCGGCCAGUAUUGAUGCUGUUGGUGAAUCAGGAGAACUUUCUGCAGUUAUAAUGAAGGAGUUUGUGUGUGUUACAGAUGUUACGUCAGUGUUUUGAUGAGUUUAAUCUUCAUCAGCCACUCGAGAUUCAUAGGAAGAAAAAUGCCUCAAAAUAAAGAACACAAAUAUUGAACAUCAGUCGCUUUCGAAGUAAACAGUUGAAAUUGUCCUUCUUGUGCUCGUUAUUUUCACAUUGUGAUUCACACAUGAUGUUUAUUUUAUUUUUAUUUCGGUCUGUUGGAGAGAAUAGAGCUGUUUGUUUGUGUUUUCAUUUGAACUUUUCUCAGUAGAUCAGUGAUUCUCAACCAGCUCGACUGAAAAGUAUUUAAUUUAACAAAGUGUCAUUAAUACAUUGAAAUAAUCUUACUAAAAAUUUAAAUGCAAAAAACAACCUCAAGAUAUGCGUUAAAAUCAUAUUUUUCCCCUUCAGUAAGUAUUGUUUUAUUGAAGAACAAAGUUCUUAAUAAUUGUUGAAUAUUGUGUGUGGAGGUUGAGAAUCACUGGCGUUUCUCAUAUUUCAUCGGUGUGAAUCCAAACACAAGCGUUUCUCAUCUCUGAUGUUUGUUUCUCGUGCCACUGGUGCUGAUUUUAGUGGCUCAUUUAGUCUUGAAUAUUAUUAUGCAGUAUUAUUAUUAUUAUGACUGGUAAUGAAACGUUUCGUCACUGUUGUAUCGGCAUGUACAGGUUUAUGAAUUCUGGUUUGUCUGUGUUUCUGGUGUUCAUCUGACCUCAGUUUAUUAAAAUCAUUCUCUCUGUGAAGAGAAACAGUCGGUCAGUCGAGUUUUACAGAUUGUGCUUCAAUACUUGAAAAAUAAACUUCUCAUGUCUAACACAAGAAAUCUAAUAUUUCAUACUGUACCUGGAGACUGAUGAUAAUAAAGAAUGACUGACUUCA